AUGCAAACCUCCGAUGCCAGCAUUCCGAGUCGUCUGAUUCCUUCUAAGUAUUCGCACCUCAACGCGGACAGUACUGGGUUCUCUCACGGAGCAUACGCCUCCAACAAUAUCCCCCUGCAGGGCCUGACGGACCGGAACGCUCGUCGAGCCAAUAUCCCUGCGAUUAAUACCUCUGCUCCCGUCUCCGAUACCAUGGCCGCCUCGGGCACUGCGUUUGACAUGAACUUCACCCCACUUCUACCUUCUCAGCUGCUGCUUGGUAGCCCCUUUCAGCCGGGUACCCCUUCCGCGUUCGCCUCACCUCAGUUCGCCAACUUUGGUGGCUUCUCCCAGACCAAUGCCUCUACACAUGCACAGAACCACCAGAGCCACCACCAGUUGGGAAGCCCGACCCAGCCUUCGCAGAAUGCUGGCCUAUAUUCCGGUAUGAUGUCGACGGAUGGUAUGGGUAAUUCUCAGAUGCUGGGAGCUCCUCAGUCUCCUGUUGGUGGCCUGGGGGGGUUGGGCAAUGCUGCGUUUGGAAGUCCCGCUGCCUCGGUCACCCCUGGGUUGCUUUCGGGUACGAGCCGAACCGUGUACCUGGGUAACAUCCCGGCAGAAACCUCCGCGGAAGAGAUCUUGAACCAUGUUCGGAGCGGUCAAAUCGAGUCGGUUCGGUUGCUCCCUGACAAGAACUGCGCUUUCAUCUCGUUCCUGGACAGCAAUUCUGCCACCCAUUUCCACUCGGAUGCGAUUCUGAAGAAACUUGCCAUCAAAGGUAACGACAUUAAAGUGGGAUGGGGCAAACCCUCUCAGGUGCCUACGUCGGUCGCUUUAGCUGUACAGCAGUCCGGCGCGUCUCGCAAUGUGUACCUGGGGAACCUGCCGGAGGAAAUGACGGAAGAAGAACUGCGGGAGGAGCUGGGGAAGUUUGGGCCUAUCGACACCGUUAAGAUUGUCAAGGAGAAGGCGAUUGGUUUCGUUCACUUCUUGUCUAUCAGCAACGCCAUGAAGGCUGUCUCCCAACUUCCCCAGGAGACCAAAUGGCAGGCGCCCAGACGCGUCUUUUACGGCAAGGACCGGUGCGCUUAUGUGUCCAAGACGCAGCAACAGAAUGCCGCUCAGUUCUUGGGCAUUGCCCCGGGCUAUGCACACAUCCUCAAUUCGGCGGACCGUGACUUAAUCACCAACGCUCUUGCUCAGCAAUCCGUGGCCGCCGCAGCUGUGGCCACCACAGCUGGUGGGGUCAACAACCUGGGCAACCGGACCAUCUACCUGGGCAACAUCCACCCCGAAACAACUAUCGAGGAGAUUUGCAACGUCGUGCGUGGUGGCUUGCUUCAUCAUAUUCGCUACAUUCCCGAUAAGCACAUCUGCUUUGUGACUUUCAUCGACCCUACAUCAGCCGCAUCCUUCUACGCCCUGAGCAACCUGCAGGGCCUCAUGAUCCACAACCGUCGCUUGAAGAUUGGCUGGGGUAAGCAUUCGGGUCCUUUGCCCCCCGCUAUCGCCCUGGCAGUGAGUGGCGGUGCCUCUAGGAAUGUAUAUGUGGGCAAUCUUGAUGAGACUUGGUCGGAGGAACGGCUCCGUCAAGACUUCUCCGAAUACGGAGAGAUCGAACUCGUGAACACACUUCGCGAGAAGAGUUGCGCUUUUGUCAACUUCACCAACAUUGCCAAUGCCAUUAAAGCGAUUGAAGGGAUGCGGAACCGCGACGAGUACAAGCGGUUCAAGAUAAACUUUGGAAAGGAUCGUUGCGGAAACCCGCCACGUCAAGCAGGCAAUGGUGGCCCUCAGGGUCGCAACGGACCUGGAUUUGAGGGACCACAGUCCCCUUCUCCGGCAUUGAAUGGUUUCCAGCAGAACCUCAGCCAAUCCGGCUCUGGCUCGAGCCCGACUCAUCCUGCACUAUCCCCUGCACCUGGAUCUACGGGCUCUCAGAACGGCCAACAUCACAGACAUCCCCUGCAGACUGUCUCGUCUCCAUCUGGCAUCCUGAAUGUCGGUGCAAACAAUCCGUUAACCAUGUACCUGAAUCAGAUGUCCGCCCAACAGGCACAGGAGCAGGAGAACCGGUUGAACGACCCCAUGACCUUGGCGGCUCUCCACUCCCAGCCCCAACCACCGCAUCAGCAAUCGCUCUAUAACGGCUCCAGCACCGCCGAGCUUACCAACGGGAGCAUUGAGGCUCCGUUGCAUCAGCACAAGCCGUCGACCAACGGCUUUUUAAACGUUACCAAUGGAUCCACGGGACCCGGCCACCAUGCCACGGCUAGCACCAGUAGCCUGAGCGUGCCGCGGGCGCAGCACUCCCGGGCCGUGAGUCUGCCAUCGUUUUCUCAGGAACCUUUCGGAUCCGUCUCGAGUCAACCAACUCGCUCCGGGGUUGCUCACCAGCCGCAAAGCAGCUUCUCAAGCUUCACGUCCGCUCUGGGCGGGCUCAGCCACGCCGGCUUUGGAUUAGCCAUCCAGAACGAGAGUUCGCUGCCUGGCUGGGCCGAGGAGGAGAUUGGAGCGAAAUGA